CUGGCAACAAUCGAGCCAGGCUAUCGAAAUGCGCAACAUACUAUCCAUAACAGCUGUAGCCCUACUGCUGGGCAUCGCCAGUGGCACGGACUACUGCCAAACGAGCUGUGGCAGCACCCAGAACAUUGGCUGCAACAACAGUGGGGCCUGGGGAUCGGCAUGCCCCAGCGAUAGGGCCUUGGUGGAUCUGACGACGUCCGAUCAGAACGCGAUUGUGGCCAAGCACAAUGAAUACCGCAAUUUCAUUGCCGGCGGCGGGGAUAGCAAGCUGUCGCCCGCAUGCCGCAUGGCCACCAUGCAGUGGAGCGAUGAGCUGGCCUAUCUGGCAUCCCUGAACGUCAAGAGCUGCCAGAUGAGUCACGAUGGCUGCCACAAUACGGACGACUUCAAAUGGUCCGGCCAGAAUCUGGCCUGGAUCGGCUAUUUUGAUCCGCUGAACGCAACGGCCAAUGCUAUCAGCUCCGUAACCAUGUGGUACAACGAGGUAUCAAACACCCAGCAGUCCCAAAUCGAUGCCUAUCCAUCCAACUACAACGGACCUACUAUUGGCCAUUUCACCGUUAUGGUCGCCGAUCGCAAUACGCACGUGGGCUGCGCCGCAUCUACCUAUUCGGUUUCGGGUCAGUCCUACAAGGCCUUCCUCAUGGCCUGCAACUAUGCCGCCACCAAUGUGAUUGGCGUCAAGAUGUACAGCUCGUGCACGGUCCCGGCCAGCAAGUGCACCACGGGAGUCAAUCCCAGCUACAAGUUCCUGUGCAGCACCAACGAAGUCUACGAUGUCAACAACCUGAACUACUGAGGCUCACGUAACAUUGUUAUGAAAUAAACUUAAUGCAUACAAAAGAA